UGUUUUUUUUUUGGCCGCUAUCGCGGACCGUAGUGCUGGAGGGCUGUGCCGAGCGGCGGCCCCGCGCGCCCGAGACCGCGAGACUCCGAGACUCCCCGAGACUCGACACACGCGCCGCGCGCGGCGGCCAUGGAACGCGGAAUGGGCCACACUUUAUUAGCAGUCGGACUUGGUGUCGCUGCUGUAGCAUUUACAGGUCGCUAUGCCCUUCGUCUCCGGAAGCCUUUCGAGCAACUGAUCACAGAAACAGUCAAAAGCAUUCCAAAUCCUAGUUUAGCAGCAUAUUACAAAGGAGGGUUUGAAACAAGAAUGGAUAAACGAGAAGCCAGUCUUAUAUUAGGUAUCAGCCCAUCAGCUGGUAGAACAAAAAUUAGAGAAGCUCACAGAAGAAUUAUGGUUCUGAAUCAUCCUGACAAAGGAGGAUCUCCGUAUCUGGCUACCAAGAUCAACGAGGCAAAAGAUAUAAUGGAUUCUGUCAUCAAGAAAUAAUUCCUCAGGCUUACGGACCACUGACACAGCUUUAUGUAUUGUGUUUAAUUUAGUUGUAAAACGCUGUGGGUUUCUUCAAUUUGUUAAGGAAUUUUUUAAAUUAUAUGUAUUGAAAGAAACCAACACUUUACCACAAACUGUUUGUGAAAUGUUAUGUAUAAUAAUGUUCAAUUAAGAUGGAUAUGUAAUAAAAUGGGUUUUGGAACUCUA